UAACCCAAGUGGGUUGUAAUUUUCUCAUUCAUUGCUUCUUUCUCUCCUCAGAAACAUGGACCUCCCCACACUUUAGGACUUCCAGAAAUAACUCACGUGCUAAGCCUUGAAAGUGAGAAAGUUUGAGCUCCUGCUGAAGUUUCUGAACUGCUAGGACCAGAUAAGUGCCCCAAGAACUAGAAAUGGCGUUGUCCAGAGGCCGAGGUCACUGGUCCAAAGAAGACAUUGUGAAGUUACUGGACCGCAUGGAGACUAACCUUCCAUCCAAUGACAGCCACACAUUCAAAACAACCCAGUCACAGAUGGACUGGGAAAAAGUAGCUUUUAAGGAUUAUUCUGGAGAAAUGUGCAAACUCAAAUGGUUGGAGGUUUCUUAUCACCUGAGAAAAUUUCGCACUUUGACAGAAUUAGUCCUGGAAGCCAAGGAACAUGUUGAAAAGCCUGACAGAAGCAAAAAACGUAAGAAACAUCCGGACUUGCCCAAGAAGCCCCUGACUGCUUACCUUCGCUUCUUCAUGGAGAAGCGGCCUCAGUGCUCCCAAAAAUAUCCCAACCUGAGCAACCAGGAGCUGACCAAGGUCCUGUCUAAGAAAUACAAGGAGCUCCCAGAGAAGAUAAAGCUCAAAUAUAUUCAAGAUUUUCAGAAGGAGAAACAGGAGUUUGAGGAGAAACUGGCUCAAUUCAAGGAUGACCACCCUGAUCUAUUCCAGAACCCCAACAAAUCGGAUGUAACCAAGAGGAGCCCAAACGGGGCCCAAAAGAAGUUUCCGAGUCACGUGCCAGAAGUGAAGUCUCCCCUAGGAAGCUGUUUUUCCAAGAGGAUGAUAUUCCGUGGAGAGCCCCGGAAGCCCCCCAUGAAUGGAUAUGAGAAGUUCCACCGGGAUUUGUGGUCAAGUAGGGAGCUGCGAGAUGUGCCCCCAAGGGAGCGCAGGGUGGAGAUUGGCAGGCGCUGGCAGCGAGUCCCGCAGAGCCAGAAGGACCAUUAUAAGCAGCAGGCUGAGGAGCUGCAGAAACAGUACAAGGUGGAUCUGGAUGACUGGCUCAAGACCCUGUCUCCUGAACAGUAUGCUGCCUACAGAGAGGCGACCUAUAGUAAGUGUAAAAACAUGAGCAUGAGGGGAGGCCCAGAUCCCAAGGUCAGAGGGACAGAUCUGCAGUCGCCAUCAGCAAGGAGUCUGCAAGAAGGGCUUGGAUGGGAGUCAGGGCUCCAGGCUCCGGAGACAGAAUCACCAGAGACCACUGGGGGCAAUGCUCAUGCCUCUUGGGGAUCAGGAGAAGAUGAGGAAGGGGAGGAAGGGGAGGAAGGCAGCAGCUCCUCAGACUCCAGCAGUGGGAGUGAAUGCGAAGAUUGUGAGUUUGAGGACAGUGGCUCCAGCACAUCUUCUUUAGGUGACUCCUCUGAUGCGGACCCCAACUGAGUUUUGUUCAGCCACUAAAGGGCGGGAAAGAGAACUUCCCAGCAAAAGUCCAAGGCAUCUGUGUCAAUUGGAAGGGCUCUUCUCUCUGUCCCUUUUCAUUUCCUUCCUUUUUGCCUUUCCUCCUCAAUUCAGAGGAGGACUGGUUGGAAAGAGGGGAUCUGGUGCAGUAUUUUCUGGCUCCCCUCUGUACCCCAGAUCCACCCCCUAGAAACUCCAUGCACUGAGUGCUCUUGGAAUAAACAAUGAGAUGACAGAGCUGUGAGGAGAACACUGGAUUAGACUGCUUCCUGAAGUGAGACGUUUUCCUCUCAUCUGCAUGCCACAGCUGGCAGAGGACGCCUAGUAGCCUGGGUGACCCUGACAUUUCCUGUGGAAUCGUGCCUCAGGACUCCUGCACCUCAUCUGUGAUGAGGAAGGAGUAGGAGGCACAUAUGUGUAUGUAUAUCGAACUCCUAUAUCUCCAUGAGGCUUACUAAUAUCAAAAAAUAAAAAUAUGGAACUCAAGACAGAAAUAUUCCUUAAGAUAACUGUCCUUAUUAAAGGGAGCAUGUCACUGGCUGUGAUGGAUAUGGACACUGUAUUUCCAGAGAAUACCAAAAUUCUAAAACACUUAAAAUGGCCAAUGCUUGCAAAAUAUAUAUGGUUUUAUUUUAGCCUCAAAUAUAACUUCGUGAUUGUGCUGCCAUAAUGUUGCUUUCAAAACUUAGUUGACUAAGUUUUAAAAUGUAUUU